UGAUCAUUUGCGGUUUGCUUGUGUGUUCUAGAUUGGUAUUUUUUGUAUGAGAAAAUUGAUGUUAAACUUUUAUUUUGAAAGAAAUUUGUUAUUGUAAAUUUUUUACCGCAAAAACCCACGGGUACCCAUGAACCCGCGGAUACCCAGCGGGUUGGGUUGGGUAUUGAGUUUUUCAAACCCAACGGGUUUUACCCCGGGUUUUUUUGGCGGAUAAACCCAUGGGUUUGGGUUUGGGUUUGGGUUUGACAAAACCCGCCCCAACCCGACCCAUUGCCAUCUCUAAUCACAAGUUGCUGUGCUGACGGACAGUUCGGUGUUUGAUUCAUUGAGUUUUAUAAAUACCGAAGAAAAUGGACUGAAUUGAUAUUUGGACGGAAGUAAAACAGAUUGAAUAUACUAUUGGUCCGCUCAUUGGUCAUAAGAUGUCUUCCACUGUUGAAUUGUGGUUUGUGGUCCUAUUGUAUUUACUUUGCUCAGAUCAUAUUGUUGGGAGAGGUUCAAUCGUGGAUCAUAUACCACAACACUAACACGCCCCCUCAAACGAAAGCCACUCACAAGGGCUUGAAGUUUGCACAGGUCUGAAGACAAGAAUACCAUGUGCUUAACAAAUGGGGGUCACCGGGAAUCGAACACAAGACCUCUCGGUCACAGAAGGCUCUGAUACCAUGUCAAGAACCAGUUGCUCCCAAUAACUCGAGUUGUUGGGAGAGGUUCAAUCGUGGAUCAUAUACCACAACACUAACAGUAAGUGCACACUUGACAACUUCAUUUACAAACUCGAAGGCUAAACAACAAACUAACACCAAAACAAAAUGGAAAUAACUAUCCCCUCUUAUCUCCGGUAUAGCUUCUUCUUGAAGUAUAUUAUCUUAAUCGAUAUUAUGCGUCUCACAAUCAAAUAUGCAAAAGAGAUGUGGAUAUGAGGCUCAAACAAAUAUCAAUCAUAUAUGCAAAAGAGAUGUGGAUAUGAGGCUCAAACAAAUAUUUCAGUGGAGUUCAUUUUCCUGUGAUGACCAUCUUCUCUACAAACUAAAAUUGAAAUAAAAAGCAAAUUACAAAACCCGUUGAUACAUUUUCACAACCGCGUCACUUAUCUGCAGAGACUGAAAAGGAAGCGUCAAAAUUCAAUAGACAUCUAGCCAGCUAGCUUGUCACAUCUAUGCAGUAAUAGAACCAACAUACCCAUAACUUUCACUAUAGGCAAUUGCACAUCUUUGUCCACUAGUGUUCAACACUUGAAUGUGGUCCUUAGCCAAAACAGUUCUACAAGUCAAAUAAUGCACAAAAUCCCCCACUAACUUCCCGUAAUCAAUGAAGUGGUAUGGUUGUAAGCUUAUAGUUGGCCAGUUUGCAUGAUGGUAUACCAUGCUUCCAUUUUAAUGGCGACCAUGUGUUUGGGUCCAUAUUCCAUGCCAUUCGCCUAACUACGUUGCAUGUUUACACCACAUAGUUUAUAUCCGAAACCCACAUUAUAUAAGCUUAGAUCCGAUAGCAAUCUCUAUCUAUCUUUCGAGUAUGGAUUCCGAAGCAGAAACUACAGUUGGAGGGAGUUGCCUUGUUUGGCAAGAUCUCUCAGUAACCCUCGCAAGUAACAACUUCGGCAGCCAUGGCAAUGGUGGCUCGUCGACGAAAUACUUGGUGAAUGGGCUUACUGGUCUGGCUCAAUCUCAUCGGAUCAUGGCCGUCAUGGGGCCUUCUGGCUCUGGCAAGUCCACUUUCCUCGAUGCCUUGGCUGGGAGGCUUACCACGAAAGUUGCCAUGGCGGGGAAGGUGGAGCUGAUCAGCAGCUGCCCUGCAGGGAGUGGGACGAAGAAGAAGAUCAGAAGUUCUCCCGUAACCUGCAGGGAUGUGUCUUACGUGACACAAGAAGAUGUUUUCCUCGGGACGCUGACGGUGAAGGAAACGCUCAGCUUUGGGGCUCGCCUGAGGCUACCGGGGCUGACAAAGACCGAGCUGGACGAGGUGAUUGAGGACACGAUGGCGAAGAUGGGUCUCGAGGAAUGCGCGGACACCACGAUCGGGAACUGGCACUUGAGAGGGAUAAGUGGCGGGGAGAGGAGGCGGCUGAGCAUUGGUGUAGAGAUAUUGGCGCAACCGCUGGUGCUUUGCUUGGACGAGGCCACGACAGGGCUGGACAGUGCUGCGUCUUUCUUCGUCGUGCAGGCUCUGCGCAACAUUGCUCGCGAUGGCAAGAUCGUGGUUUGCUCGAUUCAUCAGCCCACAAACGAUGUGUUUCGCCUCUUUGAUGAUCUGCUGCUCAUCUCUUGUGGAGAAGCUGUUUACUUUGGUGAAUGCCAGGGUGCUGUCAAGUUCUUUGCAGAUUCAGGGUUCCCCUGCCCGACUAGAAGAAACCCGCCUGACCAUUUCCUUCGGUGCAUUACUCCGGAGUUCGAUCAAGUCCUAGCUGCUCUGAAGCAGACACAACGAAUGAACCAUGCCGAGCUCGCAGCAGCAGAUGGCUUGCUGAACGGGACAACCGCAGAGACCAGAGCAACCCUAGUGAAGAAGUACAAGUCGUCUAUCUUUUCAGAGACUGCAACGAAAAAGAUUCAAGAACUCGCAUUACUACUCGCUCAGGAGAAACAUGAUGAUGGAAGCCAGAGUAGCAGUGAAGUUGUAUCUGAAAAGAAGAGAAAGAUUGGCAAGAAGCAGCACCAUCAGUGGUGGAGCCAAUUCUGCACAUUAACACAUCGCUCCAGCUUGCACAUGUGCAGAGACCUCGGCUACUACUGGCUUCGAAUCUUCUUCUACAUCAUGGUGGCACUGAGCACGGGUACCUUGGAGUUCGACAUUGGGACAUCUAGCGCGGCGGUCAUAGCAAGAGGCAAGGUAGAUGGGUUCCUCUACGGCCUCAUGAUCUGCCUGUCCAUCGGCGGCUUGCCUUUCUUCUUGGACGAGAUCAAGGCCUUCCGUGGGGAGAGGGAGGGAGGGUACUACGGAGAGGCUGUAUAUGUGCUGUCUAACUUCCUCUCCUCAUUACCUUUCACCAUAUUCAUAUCGAUCUCAUCCGGAUCCAUACUGUACAGCAUGGUGAAGUUCCACCCGGGAUUCUCCCACUUGCUCUACUUCUGCAUCAACCUCUUCUUCUGCAUCUCAGUGUCAGAAGCCUGCGUCUUUGUCACUGCUUCUCUAGUAUCCAAUCCACUGCCAGCCAUGGGUACUGCAGUUGGUGUCACUGUGCUCAAUCUAAUGCCAUCGAUCGUCUUUCGACCCCUACCAGACCUUCCUAAGAUCUUCUGGAGGUACCCUUUGUCCUACAUCAGCUAUGCUGCUUGGGGAACACAAGGGAAUCUGAAGAAUGACAUGAUGGGACUUGAAUUCGAUUCUGCAAUACCCGGACGGCCGAAGAUAACGGGCGAAUUCAUUCUUACGAACACUUACGGUAUGAACCUAAAGUACUCCAAGUGGCGGGAUGUAGCUGCUCUCUUCUGCUUGCUGCUGGCUUACAGGGUGAUCCUGGUCUUUACCCUUCACUACAAGCAGAGAAUAUCAUCACCAUUCCGCAGAACUCAACCCAAAAGAGGUCUCAAACCCACCACUGUUCAGCAAGCUUAAGUGAAGAAUCAACAUAGGGACAGCAACCCGAAACGUGGAACAGCGAUGUAGUUCGUAGGAUGCUAAGUUGUUUGAACUGAAAUGACUGCAAAAAAUUUGUGAACUUGACUGUGUGAUGCAAAAAAAAACUUACAAGCUGUGGAAUGAAACGCCCCAAUCGGGCCUCGUCUUUUGUCUACAUUGCGAAUGCUGGAUGGACUUCUGAGCUCAUAAAAAAACGAAACUUGAAGCUAACUAUAUUAUAUCUGGGGUCUUGCCGCCCUUAGAGAGAUUUCGAUUUCGUUGAUUUAGGGCUUGGUGGGUAAUCAGCCAUGAGUGACUUUGCGCCUAAUUCUGCAAUUUGGCUUCCCGCUCGAUUCCGUCAAUGGUGUCUUCGUCUCCGAUCACCGGCGAUGCUUCCGCUUCAUUCGGCGCCAUAGUGAAAACAGAGAAAGGAGCAAAAGGGAGAGGGCCGAGCCCAAUGGGAAGACUUGGAAGGCCCGAAAUACUGGGCUUGGGUUUACUUUAAGUUCGUGGACCUAACGGACACGUCGUUGACGGUUGCAAAUGUUACUGUUUCAUGCUUCUUUUUUAGUGAACUUACAAUCUAACUCCCAAAGGUUUAAAAAUGCUUAUAAAAUUAUAAAGCAGUGGUAAAAAUCCAGGUCCGGAAACAUAACCUCAUACUUAUGGAUCAUGCAAGUUGCAAAAGUCAGAGCGAGCUGCUUUCAGAGCAAGAAGACAAAACCCUUUUAUUACGAGGGUAAUGGGAGCGAGCGAGUGGGCCUGGGCCUGGGCCUGGGCCGGGGUCGAAGUUUAUUAUUAUCUGUACUGCAACUUGCAGCAAAAGAGUUUGGAAAGGCUUCAUUCAUGAAUCCGGGUCCCAAUUAAGGAAAGGAAUGGCGUCCUGAGUGUGCAAUUCCUUUGGGCCCAGAGACUGAAACGUUCUCAUCAGUAGUCGACGACUCUACUUGCUUUGCUUGCUGCGGUCAACAAAAGCACAAGAAAAUACUAAGAGUACAGUAGACCGGUGCCUAACUAUACGGCAUGUGUGUGUAUAUGCAUUCAUUGCAAUACGCGCUUCUCUUUCCCUCUCUCUCUAUAUCUCGCGGUAAUAACCCACUUUGUUGCAAUAAUUUGAGUAGCGGAGAGAGGUUCAUUUAUAAUACUUAAUCACUUCUUAUUUCCUCGUUAGAUGAAAGCCAAUUCCGAAACUUACACGGACAAAUCAGAUUUGACAUUAUGUCACAAACCAACUGAGCUAUUAGUAAAAAGAUAUAUAUAUAUAUAUAUAUAUAUAUAUAUAUAUAUGGUGACUACUUCGGUGCACUCACAAAAAUGAGUGCGCUCAAUGCACCCAACUCAAAAACUAGUCGUAAGGUGUCAGAUUUUGAAUUUUAAUUUGUAGAAUUAGUGUAAUAUGAUUACAUAACAUAUGACAACAACUAAUUAGCCGAUUACCCUAAGCCCUAGACCUUCAAUUUUGAUUUCUAUCCCUAAGCCUCACAUUGUAAACCCUAACCCUAAAUCUCUAAACUCUAAAUCCUUCAAAUUAAAGUAAAUCUUUAAUGAUUUUUGUGCAAAUUCAUGUAUGUUAUUGUUCAUCACAUCAUAAGUGAUGGUUGACAUCAUUUUGACAUAAAUUGCAUGUUUAAAAUGACGGUUAUGAAGUGAGUACACUAAAUGCACCCAAAAAAGUAAGUGCAAUGAAGACGCCACCAUAUAUAUAUAUAUAUGUAUGCUGCAUAAUUGGAUAUCUCUCAAUUAACAAUUCUCGAGUUAUUGUGGCCGACUGGUUUCUUGACAUGAUAUUAUAUAUACCCUUCUUUAACGGGCGAGAGUAAUCUAGUGGUCAUCUGUCCGGCCAAUUCCCGAUAUAAUUAACUCCAUUCAUUCUGUUAAGCACACACGCAAUCCGAAUGAACUUUCGUUUUUGAC